AUGGCAACAGAUGCCAGUUCACCUCAAAAAAAGAAAAGGAGACUCUCUUUGUCACUUGGAAAAGGGAAGCAGCGGUUUUCUGUUGCCUCCAGUGAAGAAUUGGAGCACAUAUCAAUGAAAUAUGUGCCCAAAAAUACCACUACUGGCAUUAAUUGGGCUUUUUGUUUGUUCAGUGAUUGGACAGAACAGUUGAGCUACCAGCCAGAAUUAUUGUGGACCCUUAGAGACCCCGAGAAGUUUUCAACAAUGAUAUCCCAGUUUUGCCUGGAAAGUUACGCUCAUACAAAAGAUGAGGGUGCUUUGCCUUUUAUGUCUCAGAAGGAUGGACGUUUUAAAAGCAUUCAUACUGUCUUAAACGUGUCUUGUGAACUACACCAAGAAGGUGUUGGGACUGAAAAAGUGCAAGCUCGUAUCGUGACAAAUCUGGAAGAAAACCUGCUGUUGGACAUGGGAGUAUUGGGCGUACACUCACCUGUAGCUUUACAAAAUGCUGUCUUCUUUUACUGUGGAGUGUAUUUAUGUUUAAGGGGAGGUGAUGAACAUCGGGAAUUGAAAAACAGUCAGUUCUACAUCGAUGAAGUUAGGAAUCCAUCUGGUCAAACCCAAAUGAUCAAAUGCCUGAUAUACACAGAGCAUGGGUCGAAAAACAGGCCUCGUUCAAUACAUCAGGUUCAUUUAGAAAACAAGAUAGUUUACCAUUACGCUAAAAAGGAACUUGGUGAGAAGUGCUUUCUUUUCUUGAUGGAUCUGUACUUGUCAAAGCUAUCAAAGAAAGCAGUUGAAAAGGAUCUAUUUUAUUGUAAGCCUGCACAGUCAACUUCUUGUGGAAAAUUGUAG